GCAGGCGCGACCCUCAGAGCUCUUUUCUCACACCCACACAGUCUCCCACACACAAGUCGGCCCACCAUGACGGAGAACUCGUCGUCCGGCCCCGCGGCCAAGCCCAAGCGGGCCAAGGCGGGGGCGGCGGGCAAGAAGCCGCACGAGCACCCCAAGUACUCGGACAUGAUCGUGGCGGCGCUGCGCGCGGACCCGCAGCGCGCCGGCUCGUCGCGCCAGUCCAUCCAGAAGUACGUGAAGGCGCACUACGCCGUGGGCGACAACGCCGACGCGCAGACCAAGCUGGCCCUGCGGCGCCUCGUGGCGGCCGGCGUGCUCAAGCAGACGCGCGGCGUGGGCGCCUCGGGCUCCUUCCGCCUGGCCCGCGCCGACGAGCCCCGGCGCCCCGGCGCGGCCGUCAAGAAGGCCAAGGCGCCCAAGAGGGCGGCCGGCAAGGCGGCGAAGGCCAAGCGGGCGGCGCCCAGUACCCCCGGCAAGAAGCCCAAGGCGGCGGCGGCGGCGGCCUCGCCCACCAAGAAGGCCAAGCGGAAGCCCAAGCCGCCCGCCGCCAAGCCCCGCAAGGCGCAGAAGCCCAAGGCGGUCCGGGCCAAGCCCGUGCGCGCCGCCAAGCCCAAGAAGGCCCGGCCCGCCAAGCCCAAGCCCAAGGCCGGCGCCAGGAAGGUCGCCCGGAAGAAGUGA